GUUUGGGAACUUCCUGUUGAUUUACAUUUCAAACAGAGCUUGUACUUAAUCUUCACCCUGGCUCUCAGAGCUCAGAGUGAGCAGGGGUGAGUUCAGGAGACUCAGGGACAGGGCCCUCUGCUGAGAACUGAACGAGGGACCGCCUGGCUUCCAGUGAGAACAGACUGGCAUAAUGGAAGCCAAAGCUCCGAAGAGUCCAGGCAAACAAUUAGCAUUUUAUGAAAAUGAAGUCUGCAAACAAGAUUACUUUAUUAAAUCACCACCUCCUCAACUUUUCUUCUCUGCAGCCUCUUGGAAAAAGCGGUUUUUCAUUCUGUCAAAGAGUGGGGAAAAGGGUUUUCGGCUUUCCUAUUACAAAGACCGUCAUUGCCGAGGGUCCAUUGAAAUCGAUCGAAAUUCCAUUGUAGAAGUUGGCAUAAGUUAUAGCCAUGAAAAAAUGCAAUCUGUGCAGAAGAUGUUUAAAUGCCACCCUGAGGAGGUGAUGUCCAUCAGAACCCCUGACAGGGACUACUUCCUCGUUGGCCAUGACAGGGAGAAGAUUAAAGACUGGGUCUCCUUCAUCUCAUCAUUUUGCUGGGAUAUGAAAGCAGCCCGUCGGAAUCCAGAGCAGGAGAAACUCUCAUUGGGUGAUAAAAGGCCUUCUUCAGACCCCAGCCCUCUCCUUGGUCCUUCCAGCACAUUGGAGAUUGUCAGCUCCACCAGGCCAAGAAACAGUCUUCCAGACAUGCAUUUAACGAGAGAAAAAAUUUCUCCAGGACGUGGACAAGCUCAUCUACCACAUGAUUUCUUGCCAGAGACCAAUCAAGAUACAGAAGAAGAGAGUCAUUAUAUUAGCCCUCGAAGUAUUCUUUUAGAGUUGGAUAAUAUUAUUGCUUCCAAUGAUUCUGGCGAAUGCAUUGAACCUGGUAGUCCAGACCAGGUCUCCAAGAGAACUGAGCAUCAUUACAUGUCAAUGAAAUCCUGUUUUUUCAAACAGACAUCCCAAGAGUCUGCUGAUAGCAACAAGGAAUCCCAGACCCUUCCAGACACCCAGAAUGUGGGGCUUCACCUAGAAGAACAAGGCUCAGGACAUGACUCUUGUCUUUCACCUGCCAACGCAGAAGCACAGACCACGAAUGACAAAAAGGGGUCGGCCUCACUAACUGUUGUGCAAUUGUCUAUUUUAAUCAAUAACAUCCCUGAUGAAAGCCACGUGGAGACGGUGAAUGUGUUCCUUUCUCCUCCUGACAUCAGACAUUAUCUUGCUCUCACAGAGGCCGCGGGACGGGUAUGCGUGGCUCAGUGGGAAGGCCCCCCGCGCCUGGGAUGCUUAUUUUUUCACGGAGAUCACCUUUUGGCGGUGAAUGACCUGAAGCCCCAGAGCCUGGAGGAGGUCUCCUUGUUUCUCAGCCGGUCCAACCAGAAGGAGAAAGUAAAACUCACCAUUGGCCGGAUCCCAAAUUCAGAGAAAUUCCAUGCUGUAUCCUGCACAUGCCCCUUAAAAUACCAAGAGGUUGUACCUUUUCAACUGGAUAAGUCUGGACUGGAGAUGACGCUGAAGAGGAGUUCAGCCAUUAAAAAGGGUCAGCAGAAAGGAACCAGAGAAUAACAUGCCAGGGACCCAUCCCAGGGUGGGGUGAGGAUGGGACCUGGAUUCCGUACUGGGCUCCCCUGCUCACCGCUGUGUGAUAUGAGGCAAGUCAGCAAACCUCUCUGAAUUUCCACAUCUGCAUCUUAACAAUGGGGAUAACUGUUCUCUCUCUGGCUGUUGCAUCAGGGAUAUGGAGGGGGCCAAGUGGGAUAAUGACUAUGGAACACAGUGCAAAUGUAAGGCCUUAUUAUCCCAGACUUUGUCCCAAACACCGCAGACAAAGACUGGGUAAGUCCCUUACCCAAAAUGUGUAUGUGUUCUGUGAGGUCGUGGUCCACACAAUCCCUUCUUUGUUGGGAAAGUACAGUUGGAAAUAUUCAUUCCAGGAAGGCAAGAUUCCCAAGAGAGAUGUGCUACCGUAUCAGCCUUCCCAAAGACUUCCUGCUUCUCAUCGUGUCCAUAGGCCAGAAUAGGCCGAGACAGAGUGGCCUCUUCGAUUCAAUAAUUAUCCUGUUUUUUUUAGUGACCCAGUAACUACUUUAGAAGUGGAAGCAGUUUUAAAUGAUAUCCAGCAAAGAUCUACUUGCCCUGUGAGUGAUACAAGAAUGACUUAGCACCUCUAAGUUUGAAAGGUCUUAACUAAUUGAUGCAUUACCUAAUUGAUCCGGGAAGGCCAAAAGAAUCACAUCUUUUUUCAUAAACAGGGAACCAAAUACAGAGGGCUAAAGGACUAAUCAAAUCUGCGAAUAGUAGGGCAAAAAGGAGCUUCAGAAAAUAUAUCUUACCAUGUCACCAUUUCACACGGGAGGAAAUCAAGGCCUCAAGUGUUUAAUGACAUACUUUCUUUGUGGCUCUGGGUUUCAUAGCUGUUUACUGGCGGAACCAAGAAUCUAAAACCAGCUCUGAGGAACAGAUGUCUGAUCCUUCCUUGGUCUCUGGAUUUAGAUUUGAAAAGACUUUCAGCAUAUAGAAGACAUGUUCAGACACAGUUUAUUUUCUGUCAUCCAGAUUGUGCAGAAAGUGUAAACAUUUUUCAUUUACGUGCCCCAUUGGACCUACUGUUUCCUUUUUUUUUUUUUAAAGCUGGAUUGGAGUUAGGACUCUGCUUUUUUCCCAGUUUUAUUGCGAUGUAACUGACAUGUGACAUUGUAUUCGUUUAAGGUGUACAACAGAAUGAUUUGGUAUAUGUAUAUUGACCCACUCUUUCUACUUCUAGAAAUUUAUCCUACAGAAAUACUCAUACAAGUACACAAAGAUACCUGUAAAAAAUGUUCACUGUAGCUCUGUAGCAUUGUUUGUAAGAAAAACAUCCUUUGGGGAUUGCUUAAUUACGAUGACUUCAUAUAAUCGAACACUGCAGAUGUUAAAAGUUUUGCAUAGAUGGUUAUGGAAAGAUGCUCAUGUUACACCAAGAAUGAAAGAUGCAAGCUGCUGUACAGUGGGCAUAGCAUCAUCCUCUUCUUGCAAAAAUAAAUUAGUGGGGUGUGUGUGUCUGUAAAAUUUCCCCAACUCUAAUUAGGGAGAGAAAUCCCUCCCUCACAGGGCUGUUGUGAGGUUUAAAUGGAUAAGGGAUGCGUAGCACCUGACACGUGGCCUGAUCAGGAAAUGUCCGUUCUGCUGCUGUUGCUCUGACAUUACUUUUUUCUUAAGUCUAGAAGAACAUACAUGAAAUCGUUAAUAAGAAUCAUCUCUGAGAAGUACGAUCAGGGUCGGCCAUGAGGGGGAGGCAUUUCUGUAAUGUUUGAAUUUUUCUUUUUUUGCAAUGAGCCUAUGUCAAUUUUAUAGUAUAAAAUAAAUAUGUGUGAAAAAUAAAUAAAUAAGUGAAUAUAUUUUAAACCUUCUUAAGUAAGAAACCAAGCCACCUCAGUGACAGAAAUAAAAAACCAACAAGGUUUGGUGACAAUGUGGGUAGAUACACCGCUUUGAAGCCCAUAGGCCCUUCCCCUGUUUUGCUCAGAAGUCUACACAGCGAUGCCAAUAAAAGCUGAAAUGAGAUAGACGGGCAAAUCUGAGCCACCAGGCCCUUCAACCCCCUCAUCAAGUCAAAGAGCCUGAAGACUAAGGCGUUAGAUGGUUUACAUGGCUCAUGGAAGAGCUGGCAUGAGAACACGGAACUCCCGGCUCCCGCUCCCUGCUCUUCCCAGUACGUCACGACGAGGGCAGCCAGCCUGCUCCUGGUGCUCUCUCAAUCCCAGAACACUCUGCAGGCAGCUAAAUCAGCUACAAUACUUGCUAGGAGGAUCCUGCUCUAGGGGCAUCUCCCACAUGAGGGAUUUGUUCCCAAAAGGAAAUGUCAGGGCGAUUCCAAGCUCCCCCCAACCCAGAGAUCCUGAUUCAGUAGGUCUGGUGUGAGGCCCUGGAAUCUGCGUUCUAAUGACCACUCCCAGCCGAUUUGACUGCAGCUGGACCAGGGAGCACACGUUGGAGCAUCACUCCCAGGGUCACAUGGCGAGGCACGUGCAUCUUCUGAGAGGCUGCAGAAUAUAGACUAUGCACAUGAGCAUUUUUGCAGGGCAAGGGCCCCUAGUUUUCAACAGUUCUGGAUGAGGCUGCUGACUGUCAUCCCUUUCCUCCCCCUCCAAAAAAGAAGCCUGCUCCUGAGCAGAGAAGCCUGGUUUUCCUUCCUUCCUCUCUGCCACAGGGGAGCGUGCCACCACGGGCCGCUGGGUGGUUGAGGCGUGGAAAGCCUUCAGCUGGCAAUGGGAACCUGGUGACUUGGCUUCAGGUGAAGUCCUUUCUGCAGGCCGUUCCUCAUUGUCCAGAGUCGUUCCUCUGUGCUUCCUUUUUCCCGGAGCUGGAGCUGGAGGCCAGCCACUCUUCCCCAGGAAUCUAAUCUAGGCCCCAGCCCAAUGAUAGGUCUUUCUUCCUCCUAACAAUGGUAGUGGUCCCAAGGAAAGCUGGUGAUUAAACUGGCCUAGAAGACUAGUCAUCAAGGCAUUUGUCCCAGAUCCCAGCUUUUGGAUUCCUCUUCUGUUAAUGGACUAAGAGAGCUGUAGGACAUCUUGCUGAGAGGCGGGGGCAGGUCUCCAGCCCGGGGCUAGGAAGACUUGUGCCUCGUAUCCAUAUAAUUUCACCAGACAGAGAGGGUGGGACGGACCUUCCUCACACUGCCCACCGCCAGCUCAUCCACACCUGUCCUCUGUGCAUUAUGCCAUGUGCGACCUUUCCCCUUGAUGUUCAUUCCAACCCGAUUCCAGGUGAUGAAUGUGAGUGGAGGUGGGGCCAGGACUGCAGAGUGCUUGGCCCAGCUGUCUCUGCAAGGGCAUGGAAUGGCUGAUAAGCUAUUCUUGGCCAUCACAACGUAGGCCUGAGUCUCCUGCAGCUCUCAGUCUUGUGGGGAAGAAACCAGAGCCCAGAAAUGUAAAGAGGCUUCGCUGGGCUCCCCGAGCUCCAGGCCACAGCCCCAGCUCCCAGGCCAACACCUUUUCUACACUUGCACAGCUCUCCAGCAGGCCAUUUGGAAGUGCCGUCUCUCCAGCCACUCCCUCAUCCUAAUGGUUGCCUCAUGCUUCUAGAAUAGGCCUCAGGGGAUGUCUCUAUCUUUCCACUUUGUUCUCUCCGCUGAGGAUGCAAACUAUUAGAGUGAAGUCUAAACAGCAGCUGGUAAGAUAUGCCAUGAAUGCGCAGGGCCAAACACAUCCAUCCUUACUGGAAGCUGCUGACAUGUUAGCACAGAUUCCAGAAAGGCACUCAUUGUACGUAGAGAGUGAACCCCUCUCCACUUAUGUAUAUGUACAUAUGUGUGUAUAUAUACAUAGAGAGGGCAGAAGGGAGGGAGGCAGAGAGGAAGAGAGAGAGAGA